ACAGACCAAUGAAGCAUCUUCGUUAGAUCAAAGAUCUGAAUCGCUAACGGAGAAGAAGAAAAGAGAAUGGGAACGACGGUGGCCGGUUUAGCACCAGGACUUUCCCGGAAACUGAAGAAGGUUCUAGAAUCACGAAUCGAUACACCAGAUCUCUUAUCUUCACUCAACACUCUCUCUUCUUUCUACGACGAUAACACUCCUCAAGCUCGCCGUAACCUCCGAUCAACCAUCGAAAAGCGUUCUCUCUCCAUUAAUCACGAGUUUCUCGAUGCUUCGCAUGCCGCGCAACUGGCUUUGGAUAGCGUGGAGAAUGAGGUGAAUUCUCUUGCGGAAUGCUGUGAUAGGAUAGCAAAGGCUUUGGAUAGUUGUAGUGCUAGCACCAGUGACAUUAUAAGUACCACAGAGAGGCUCAAACAAGAACUUGAAACUACUACGCAAAGACAAGAGAUUGUGACAUGUUUCUUACGUGAUUAUCAGCUCUCUCCUGAAGAGAUAAAUGCACUUAGAGACGAAGAUCUGAAUGAAAACUUUUUCAAGGCACUAUCUCAUGUUCAAGAGAUCCACGCCAACUGUAAAGUGUUGCUUAGGACACAUCAUCAGCGUGCUGGUUUAGAGCUAAUGGAUAUGAUGGCGGUGUAUCAAGAAGGAGCUUAUGAGCGCCUAUGCAGGUGGGUUCAGGCUGAAUGUAGAAAACUGGGUGACACUGACAAUCCAGAAGUCGGUGAGCUUCUGAAAACAGCUGUACGCUACCUCAGGGAAAGAUCUGUUCUUUUCAAGUAUUGUGCAGAAGAGGUAGCCAAUAUGAGACACAAUGCACUAUUUAGACGAUUUAUAAGUGCUCUUACACGUGGAGGACCUGGUGGAAUGCCUCGGCCUAUUGAAGUGCAUGCCCAUGACCCUUUACGAUAUGUUGGUGAUAUGUUAGGCUGGCUGCAUCAGGCCUUGGCAUCUGAACGAGAACUUGUACUUGUAUUACUUGAUCCAGAUGCGAUCGUUGAUACCAGACCAACCGCAAAGCAACUCUCCAAUAACUUUGAGAAUGGAUCUAGCAAGACAGAAAUUGACUUGAUGUUUGUUCUUGAUAGAAUUUUCGAAGGAGUAUGUCGGCCGUUUAAAGUGAGAGUUGAACAAGUUUUACAGUCACAACCAAGUCUUAUAGUCUCCUAUAAACUCAGUAAUACACUUCAGUUUUACUGCUACACCAUCUCAGAUUUACUUGGGCAAGAAACUGCUCUUUGUAACACGCUAUGGUCUCUGAAAGAUGCUGCUCAAAAAACAUUUUUUGAUAUUUUGAAAGGCCGUGGGGAAAAGCUUUUACGAUAUCCCCCACUUGUUGCUGUUGAUCUUUCUCCUCCCCCGGCUGUAAGAGAAGGAGUGUCUGUACUUCUUGAAAUAAUUGAGAACUACAACAGCAUGAUGAUUCCUGCUUCUGGCCAAAAACCUGUUUUUGAUCCGGUUAUAUCUGCUAUAUUGGAUCCAAUAAUUCAGAUGUGUGAACAAGCAGCAGAGGCACACAAGUCAAAGGGAGUUGGAAACUCAUCAAGAAGAAGUAGGAUGAGCUCCGACUCUGGUCAACUAACUAAAUCAUCAGUUGACGCAAUCUUGUCAAAUAGCCGCACUGCUUCAUCAUCACUGACUAGUGAGACACCCUCAAAGAUUUUUCUCAUUAACUGCUUGAGUGCUAUUCAACAACCUCUAUCUGGAUAUGAGGUUGCUGAUGAGUAUGUGAAAAGGCUUGGAACAAUGAUAGAUAAUCAAUUGCGUGUUCUUGUCGAGAAAGAAGCUGAUGCAAUCUUGAGAAGAUGUAAUUUAUCAGAAAAGAUGCCCCACUUCCAUAAUUCAAUCCAUAAGGAUGGGGACAAUGAAGUUGGUACCCCACUGGCUGAACUGGAAGACACAAGUCCAGCCGUUCUAUCAGAGAGCUUGAAAGCUCUGUUUGGUCUUAUUUUGGGAAGUGAAAGUUCCCUGCCUGAGUUUGAGCAAAUACAGGUUCCAAGGUUGCGGUCUGAAGCUUCUAUAGGCGUGGCCAGGUCACUGGGUGAAGCUUAUGAGCUUAUUUAUAAGGCUAUUAUGGAACCCAAGAAUGGCUAUCCAGAUCCCAGGGCGUUGGCAAGGCAUCCCCCCAAUCAGAUAAGAACUAUAUUAGGGAUAUAAAUUCUAUUUCUAGUGAUAUGUUUUACUCCAAUCCUGCUCAUUAUGUUUGUUAAUUACGUAAAUAACAUUUCUUCUCUCUUGACAUUUGAAAUUGUAUUAUUAUACAACAAAAGAUUUUUGUGAUCUAUUUUGAACUCUUGAGAUACUGAACAUUAUUGGAUUCUAUUAUUUUUGUCGGUAAUGAAGUAAUAAUAGAUUCUCCUUAUUUGA